GUUCAGUUGCGAUUUAGCGCAUAAUAUUAAAUCUGCUAAAAACUUUAAGAAAGUACGUAGCUCUCGGAACUUUUAUAGCUUAAGCCUUAUGAGAGUGACGGACAAUGCAAUAAAGGGCUACAAAGUGCAGGCAACAUCCCUGAUGAAUUACGGACAGUGAAUACGAUGAAUGAAACAGAAGAUAAAAUUGUCCUGUCGGCAUCGUUGAUUGACGAUGUGAAAGCAUUCCUGACCCUGGACAUCCCAGGAUUGCUCCCAGAAGAGCUAACGGAAAGGAUAUUUAGCUUUCUGUCUGCUGAGGACCUGUGUCGUGCUGCAGCAUGCUCUCGAGUGUGGAGAGAGAGGACAAACAAUGAUGUAUUGUGGCAUUGGUUAUGUAAACGGAGAAGAUGGGAACGUUACAACAAAGUUGUCGACCUGAGUCGAGAAACUCCAUUCAGCCCAUCCUUCACAGACAUCUCGCACACCACCCCGACUUUUCACUUCGACAACAUUUUAACCGAGCCCGCAUUCUUGUCCGCCACCUGCAACUGGAAGCAGGUUUACAUGAGGGCGUGGCACCUUGAACGCAACUGGUGCAGAGGACGAUACCGCGUGGCACCGGUGAUGCGCGGGCACCGGGAGAAAGUGACGUGUUUGGACUGCAACGGAACCGUUCUGGUCAGCGGGAGUGUGGACAAGACUGUCAGAGUGUGGAAUCUCAUAAGCGGCGAUUGUACUCGCGUGUUAGAUGGACACACUGAUGCGGUGACGUGCUUGAGACUGAAGGAUGACGUCGUCGUGACAGGAUGCUCGGAUGGCUUUGUCCGAGUCUACGACACACGGACUGGUCGGUGUCAGAUGGUGUUUACCGGCCAUGAGAGAGGUGUUGAAUGCCUCUGUAUUGAGGGAGACAAUGUCAUCAGUGCCUCCAGCGACAGAUCUAUCAGGGUGUGGUCCCUGUCUCGAGGAAUCUGUACUCAGAUACUUCGAGGACACAGUGAUGACAUUGAGGCAUUGAGUUGCAGGGGCAGCCUUGUCGUCAGUACAUCUUGGGACAUGACACUGAAGUUAUGGGACAUUGGUCAUGUCGGGGAGUGCCUGCAUACCUUACAGGGGCACACUGAAGUCGUGUUCUGUUGUCAGUUCGACGAGAGAGUUGUGGUGAGCGGUAGUGGUGAUGGUCUGGUCAAAGUUUGGAGCACAAAGUCCGGCGAAUGUUUGAGGACAUUACAGGGUCACGACGGAGACGUGUACUGCCUAUGCUUCAAUGACGACGUCAUCGCAUCGGGAUCAGCAGAUAGUUCAAUACGAUUGUGGUCCCACGCAGGGGAACUACUUAGCGUAAUGCGGGAGCACAUCGGAGUGGUACGUUGCAUGUGUCUCCUUGGCGACAGACUGGUAUCCGGCGGCGAUCGGAAGAAAAUCGUAGUCUGGAAUGCCAAAAAUGGUGACCUAUUGAAUGUUGUUCACCGGAAUCCGAGUCUACUGCACAUCAUGUGGAUGAAUGAUACACGUCUGGUUACGGCCUCUCCUGAAUCACCGGGCACUUUAACUGUGAUGAGCUACUGGUGAUGGGCAUUUCCGAACUUCGAUGUCAAAGUAUAUUCUUGCCAACGAGUAGUUUUCUGUGGUCUUGAUUGUGUGGACUUUUUAUUAAUAAAGGCCAUUCCUGAACUUCAUUGCUUUUUUACCAAAUGCGUUGUUUUUCUCUGCAAAACCAAUCAAAGUUGAUCAAACUUGGGUGUAUUGGGGGGGGGGGGUAUGUGUCUGUGGGUUUGUUUAUGGUGUAAAUCGAGAACACACAUGUCUUACCAAGCAUCAUCGAGUCAUUGAGGACAGGAGUCAAAUCGAGGACGACCUCGAUUGGAAAACGUGUACAAAACCAAUUGGAGCUGUUGCAGAAAAGUUAGUAUAAACAAAAAGCUGAAGAGGAACAACAGAAAAUCCUUGAUUGACACCAUAAACAAACCUGCUGGUUUGUGUGUGUUGUGCUGUGCUGGAAAAUGGUGAAAAUUCAAUUAUUUUAUGCAUACUGGGUGCAUUGUUCUUUUUAAAUUUUCGAGACAACAUAAACUUAUAUAAGUUUUGAUGAAAUGUUUGACUGUGAAUGUCAAUUUCAAUGAA